AUGUCUGCUCUACCAAAUGGGCUCAUAACCUUCGGCCCCAGCGCCAAUUGUACUCUGGAGUUAUGCCCAUUGGAGGCCAGCAUUCUUCAAUACCAACCCUCUACAGCUGCUACCGCUGUUGCGAUUGCGAUCUUCGGACUUUCCCUUAUCUUGAAUAUCGGACAGGGUGUCUACCACCAAACAUGGGCCUUUAUGGCUUGCUUGGUGAGUGGGUGCAUCCUGGAGAUCGCCGGGUACAUCGGACGCAUCAUAAUCAAUGGAAAUCCAUUUGACUUCAACGGUUUUCUCAUGCAAAUUAUUUGUAUCACGGUAGCGCCUAUCUUCUUCUGCGCGGCGAUCUACGUUCUCCUAGUUAGGAUAAUUUUGUUGAUUGACGAGCGCCUGUCCCGUAUUUCUCCUCGAUACCUCUCCUGGAUAUUCAUCUCGUUCGAUGUGAUCUCUCUAGUGCUACAAGCUGUUGGCGGGGCACUGUCCUGUGUGGGAGAGAAUAAGGACGACAUCCAAGUCGGCACGGACAUCUCCCUCGCGGGUCUCAUAUUUCAGGUCGUCACGUUGACCCUAUUCGUUGCUCUCUUCGUCGAUUACCUAUCCGCCUGCCGCCAAUACUCUAACCACAAGGCGCUCACGAGACAGAUGAAUUUCUUCCUUUCCUUCUUGUUUCUUUCUAUUCUCCUUAUUCUCCUUCGAUGCGUUUAUCGUGUGGUCGAAUUACAUGGAGGCUACUUCAGUCAUUUUUUCAGAGACGAACCGCUCUUUAUUGCGCUUGAGACAGCUAUCAUGUGUGCGGCAGCCGUUUGCCUCAAUGUAGGCCAUCCAGGUCUUAUCUUUGGGAGAAGGAAAGGCGAUCCGAUUCAUAGAGAAGCACAGCAUGCUUUACUAUAGCUAGACUCUGGUUUUCCUCAAUUAACCAAGACCGACUAGUUCAUUU